AAAAAAAUCAAAAUUCUAAUUACCUACAUACAUAUAUUAAAAAAAAAACUGAAAACAUGAAAACGAAUAAAACUAAAGAUUGCACUAAAAAGACUGAAAAAUCUUUAAAAAAUCUACUUCUUGCAUUAGAAGAACAAUUUAAGAACCAUUUAAAAGCGUUUUAUUCUAAUCUAGAUAUUCAAAAGAACAUUAUUGAUUCAAUAUGGGUUAUAAGUCAACGAUUUUUGAUCUUAACAAGAGGUGCCAUCUGUGUACGUCCAUAUCCAAAAGAACAAAGUGAUCGAGAAGAACGAGAAAUGCGAUCAGAUUUUAAAAUUCAAAAAGACAAUCUUACCAAUUUAAACUUAAAAUUGGACGUCUCAUUGGAGACCUUGAAGCAAAAGUGUAGAACAUUCGACAGGACUUUGGCAAAUAUCGAUACGAGUCUACCAAAUCAAACCAUAGAAGGCAACAACGAACGUCAACCAAUACACUAUUACAUCGAACUCUUUGCUGAUUGUUUAAAGUUUUUUAAAGCCACUCAAAGCCAAUUGAGUCCGUUGGGAAGGUUUUUGAAUGUUGAAGAUAUAAAAUCAAUUGUAGAGUGUAAAAAGCUUUUGGAGCCAGACGAAAUGGUGAUGGAAUACUUUGAGAAAUCGAUAUGUGAGCCUGUGAAUAGACAUCUCUAAGACUUUUUAAAACUUGAAUCUUUCCAUUUUUUUUCUUAAAUUCAAAAACCUCAAUUUUAUUUUUGAAAGAUAUACUAUGUACUUUUAUCUCUUUAUAUAACCAAUUACUUUGAAUUGAAAUAUGUUCCUGAUUUCUAAAAACAACAAUAUCCUUGAGAAACUGGUCCAAUAAAACAUAUCAUUGCAU